AUGUCUUCUUUUAACUAUUUACAAUUGUUACAAAUGAUGGAAUUACUACGAAUGAAUUUAAAACAACAAAAUAAAAGACGUAACAAACUGAGACGCUUAGUUAUAAAAAAGCGAAGGGACUUCAAAAUUAAGUUAUGUGAUGACUUGAAAAAAAUGAAUCUACAUUAUCGUCAACAAUUACUUGAUAGCUAUAGAUUAAGUAUUGGACCUUUAUUAAAUGGACCACGUAUAAGGAGUUUAUGGAUGAAAAAACGUUCUAGUGACUGGUGGCUGGAAAUAGUUAAUGUCCAGUUUAGAAAAGAAGACUGGAUUGAAAAUUUUCGUAUGACAAAAGAAACAUUUGAAAAGAUUGUCAAAGAACUAACAAUUCAUCUGCAACCAAAUUGUUUGCCUGUAAGAGCGCCUGUUGCAAUUGACAAGAAAAUUGCAAUGACUAUUUACAAAUUGGCAAGUUGUUGUGAGUACAGGAUAGUAGGAAAUGCUUUUGGAGUGCACAAAAGCACAGUUAAAAAAUGUUUUUACCAAGUGGUCAAAGCCAUAAAUACUGUACUUCUAUCCAAGUAUGUGAAGUUUCCUGAUGAAAACGAAGCUUUACGUAUAGCAAAUGCUGUGGAAAAAAAAACUGGGAUGGUACAGGUUAUUGGUAUGAUAGAUGGAACACACAUUCCAAUAUUAGCUCCAGUUAAUGGUAGAAUAGACUACAUUAACAGAAAAGGUUGGACCUCACUCAUUUGCCAAGCAGUGGUAGAUCACGAAUAUAAAUUUACUGAUAUAUGUUGCAAAUUUCCGGGAAGUGUACAUGAUGCUGCUGUUUUAAAAAGCUCAAAUUUAUAUAAUUACGCUCAUCAAAAAAUACCUUCAAUUAAAAAAAAUAUUGAUGGUGUAGAUGUACCUUAUUUUUUGCUCGGUGAUCCAGCAUAUCCACUCCUUCCAUGGUUAAUGAAAGGAUAUACUGGUAGUGUAAGCAUUGAGGAAGACAAUUUCAACACAUAUUUAAGUUCGGCACGUAUGGCAGUUGAAAAUGCUUUUGGAAGGUUAAAAGGUAGAUGGAGAUGCCUACAAAAAAGGAUUGAUAUUCACCAUAGUUUUGUUCCAUCUGUUGUAUCUUGUUGUGUCACACUACACAAUAUUAUUGAAAUGGAGCAUGAUCAUUUUAAUACCACAUGGUUAAGAAAUGUUGAAGACUCAGAUGUAGUUUACCCUCAGCCCACAACCAGUGUAACAAAUCGUAGAGACACAAGUUUAAAUGUUGACGAUAUGAAGAAGAUAAGAGAACAUUUAAAAAUGUACAUGGUAAACAAUUACCCAUUGAGAAGUUCUUCAGUCAGGACAUUAUAA